AUGGAAAAUAAGUCAAGAAUCAGUGAAUUCCUUCUCCAUGGAUACCCUGAUACUGAAGAGCUACGUAUAGUCCAUGUUAUUGUUUUUUUAAUAAUUUAUUUGGUAGCCCUCAUUGAAAAUCUCAUCAUCAUCACUGUCAUUGUUUAUAGUCAUCAGCUGCAUUCACCUAUGUAUUUUUUUCUGGUCAAUCUAUCCUUGCAAGAUCUUGGCUCCAUCUCGGUCACAGUUCCCAAGUCCAUGCUGAAUUCCUUGAUGAACACUGAAGCAAUUUCUUACUCUGGAUGUCUCUGCCAGGUGUUCUUCCUUAUUUUCUUCGUGAUGUCUCAUUUCUUUCUCUUGGGUGUCAUGGCCUAUGAUCGUUAUGUAGCCAUCUGCAAGCCACUGCAUUAUGAAAUGAUAAUGAACAAAAAAGCCUGUAUCCAAAUGGCAACUAGCAUCUGGAUAAGUGCUCUGUUUUAUUCAAUGCUUCAUAUGGGAAAUUUAGUUACAUUAGAAUUCUGUUCCAGGAUCAUCAAUCAGUUAUACUGUGAAAUUCCUCAAUUACUCAAAAUCUCUUGUUCUAAGUUUUAUGUUGCAGUAGAACGGGCACUUAUCUUUGGAUCGUCUUUAGGUUUUCUUUACUAUAUUAUAAUUGCUUUUUCUUAUAUUCAGAUCUUCAGAACAGUUUUAAGAAUCCCAUCUACCCAUGGGAAGCAAAAGGCCUUCUCUACCUGUUUACCUCAUCUCAUAGUCAUUUGUCUGUUUAUGAUAAAUGGUAGCUUUGCAUAUCUGCAACCCACAUCCAGCUCUCCAUCGAUUUCAAAUACCUUUGUUUCUUUCUUUUACUGUAUGAUGCCACCAGUCAUGAAUCCACUGAUCUAUAGCAUGAGGAACAAGGAGUUUAAAAUGGCAUUCUGGAAACUAAUUCUCCAUUUUUUUCCCCACACCUUACAGAGGUAUUCUCAGUUAUGUAUAUUUUAA